GUUCAGACCACUAUCUAGUGCAAGGAACCUUCCAAAUCAAGUUAAAAGCCUUCAAGGAAGCUGGUGAUAGACCUCAAUUCAAGUACAACACUCGGAAACUGAAGGAUGAAACUACAAAGGAGAUCUUCAAGGCAGCCAUCAAGACAAAAUGGGAGACAUCGAGGGACAUCCCUGAAGAAACCUGUGUGGAAGAACACUGGAAGUCUUUGAAAGCUAUGUGGAAAGAAACCUGCACAACAGUAUUAGGAAGGAAGAAGAAAGAAGACAAGGAAUGGAUCUCGACGGAUACCUGGAAGCUGAUAGAGGGAGAGGAGGAUGGUGAAGCAGAAGAUAAACCAGUGCAAGGAUGCUCAACGACAAGAGGAACUGAGCACAAUGUAUAAAACACUGGACAAAGAAGUGAAGAAGAGUGCACGCAAAGACAAAAGACACUUCUACGACACACUGGCAAGUGAAGCAGAACAGGCUGCAGGUAAGAGAGACCUGACGACAUUGUAUCAAAUAACCAGGUUGCUAUCAGGGAAGAGACCAACACAGAUGAAACCAAUAAAAGAUGAAGAAGGAAAUUUAAUUACAAAAGAAGAGAAACAGAGGAAACGAUGGGCCGACCACUUCAAGAAGCUCUUGAAUCGACCACCACCUGCACUUCGUCCAGAAAUACCACCUGCAGCCGCUGAAUUACAAGUGAACAUAAAUCCCCCAACGAAAAUGGAAGUCCUGAACGCCAUAAAGCUACUGAAAUGCGGGAAAGCAGCAGGACCAGAUGGAAUACCGCCAGAAGCACUGAGAACAGAUGCAGAGACAACAGCGGACAUGCUCACACCACACCACUAUUGCAGAAGGUGUGGAAGGAAGAGAAGGUACCUGACGAUUGGAAGAAGGGUUACCUUGUCAAACUGCCGAAGAAGGGAGACCUCAGUGCUUGCAAGAACUGGCGCGGAAUCACUCUCCUGUCCACCCCAAGUAAAAUAUUAAGCCGCAUCAUCCUGGAGAGGCUUAAAGACGCACUGGAUUCAAAACUGCGACCGGAACAGGCAGGCUUCAGGAAGUACAAAUCAUGUGCUGACCAAAUUGCAACGCUUCGUAUCAUCAUAGAACAGAGCGUAGAAUGGCAAUCAGCUCUAUACCUCAACUUCAUCGACUUUGAGAAGGCCUUUGACAGCGUCGACCGAGAAGUAAUUUGGAAACUGCUUCAAUACUACGGAGUACCGCAAACCUUUAUCCGCCUCAUUCAACAACUAUAUGAAGAUGCCACAUGCCAGCAAGUAAUCCACAAUGGGAAGCUCA